GUAAUUGACCGAAGUAAUUGUCCGAAAUAAUUGUCGUUUACACUUGCACCUACCAACAAGCACCCCCAAGAACACACCGUCAACAUGGCCGCCACCGUCAAUGUUGAGAACAUCAGUACAAAGACUAGCGAAGACGAGAUCAAGUCCUUCUUCAGCUUCUGCGGCAAGAUCCAGUCCAUCAGCGUAAAGCCCUCGGGCAACGACGCUCAGACUGCCUCGGUCACCUUUGAGAAGACGGCUGCUGCGAAGACGGCCCUGCUCCUCGACAACACACAGCUUGGCCCCAACUCGGUGCAUGUCACCUCGGCAAAGUCGCUUGAUGAAAUCGCCGGUGAGAAGGCUGCCUCUGCGGAGGAGGCCAAAGACGGUGACCACCACAUCGAGCAGGAGCAGAAGCCCCGCGCGCGUAUCUUCGCCGAGUACCUCGCCCACGGCUACGUCAUCUCUGACAAAGCCAUCGAGGCUGCCCUUGCUACAGACAAGCAGCACGGCUAUAGCAACAAGUUCACACAGGCUCUCCAAAACUUCGACUCCAAGACACAAGCCACACAGAAGGCUCAAGCGGUAGACAACAAGCUGGGCCUUACCCAGAAGGCGUAUGCUGGUUGGACUAGUCUGACCAGCUACUUCGACAAGGCUGCCAACACUCCCACUGGUCAGAAGCUCCGUGGCUUCUAUGAGCAGGGCAACAAGACCGUCAUGGAUGUGCACAACGAGGCUCGCUACCUUGCCGACCUCAAGAAGAAAGACCAGGGUGGCAAGGAUAUGAAUGUCCACCACCUCCCCGAACCCGACUCCGACAAGACCACUUGCAACUGCCAGGCAGACACCGGUAACUGUCAGUGUUCUCCUAAUGAGUGCGCCUGCUCCGGCUGCGGUAAGAGCAGCGUACCCAGUGCCGAGAAGAUGAACGUUCACGCCCUACCGCCUCCCAACCAGACUUUGACGCAGUGCGACUGCGCUUCCGAGGCUGGCAAGUGCCCGUGUCCUGAGGGAAAGUGUGCGUGUAAAGGUUGUGCCAAAUCCAAGGACGCUGGCAAUGACAAGAUCGCUAUCUAGGCAUGAAGUAUCCGGCGUUAGUGGAUGGUGAAGUGAUACCAGUUUCCUCAGUAGACAAUAAGUCUCCUCUGAGUCUAUGUAAUAGUAGAUGCUAGCUUUAAAAAGAAUUCACACAAGUCUUUUACC